UGUUCAGCAGUCCAGUUCUGAAAAUGAUGCUACAACUCGGGUUAAAAGAUGGAAUAUAUCAUGUAACAAUGAAGAGAAGUUUAGGGUUCAUUUUCUUAUUCAGCUCAGAGACGUCUUUGACAAACGCUUCCUUGAUGGGGUCGGAGCCAUCCAUGUAGCUGGCUUGUUGGUGGAGUUGCAAAGAAAUAAUUAGCAUUGACGUUUCUUUGUUUCUUAAUUAGUGGACACUUGCAUGUUUUUAUUUAUAUAGUUCCGGUUAAUUGCUGUAGUUUAACAGAAAUAAGUACUGUUUAUAAUUAUCAUUGGCAAGUAGUUGAUAUAUAAUUUGGUGCUAAUGAUCAUCUAAAAAUGGACAGAUAGAUGGAACAUAAUAAUUGCUUUUGACUUUCUGUUUCACCAUAGCAUCUAACUAAUUUUAGAGAGAAUAUUUCAUUAGUGAACAAAUUAGCACUGGUCGUUAGACAUCUGGUUUGUGAUAAAAUAUGAUUUUUUUUUAAAACCCAACCAAAUUUAUAGCUUUUGACUUUGAUUUCCUAUUUCUAUAUAUACACACUGAACGUAUCCGCCAAAAACAUAUGGUAUUCACUCACAUAGGAAUUUCAAAACCGUAAAAGAAAUAUCUUCCUUUUGGGAUCUUCCGGAAGAUUAAUUAGAGAUGAAGAAGUGGAGUUAUGCGAAGUUAAUGACCUCAGUUUUAUUGUUUCUCUUCGUAAUCAUUCUUCUUUUGGCCUUUCAUGGAGGAUCAACAGGUGACAAUCAUCAGUAUGUUCAUGUGGCCAUCGGAGCUAAGGAUUCGAUGGGACGAAAGUUAAAACAUUUGGAACCAAAAACUGAAUCGUUGAAAAUGAUCAAUCCAAAAAAGACGAACGAGUUUGAGUAUUCAGAUCAAGUAUCCAAUGAUUUAUUAGAAAGAGAAGUAUUUUUCGAUACUAUGGCUACGGACUACCGAGGCCUAAAAAGAAGAAAGCCCCCCAUCAACAAUUGACGGCUGCGUAGUUGUCAUUGAUAAGUGUCACGUUAAAGUUAAUUUACUAAUUAACUUUGUAAAAUAAACGAACUAAAAGUUCUAUUAUGAUGUUUUUAUACAUAUUUAAUGA